AUGAUCUUUAGCGCUAACCCCCUGUAUCAAUCACCCUGUACCCCAUUCGACUGUAAACAAAGUUAUAAGAAGUUAUGAAAGAUCGAUUAAGAAAUUAAGAAAUUCGAUAGCAGCAUAUCAAAAAACGUGCACUGUGCAGACAGAUGUCAUAGAUGGCUUGCAGCAGUGAAACCUCAGUGCAGUCAGCUUUAGUAAAUUUCCUGAAGCAACACACAUUUGAGCAUCAUGUGAGUGAUGUUGACGAGAUAGUACUGAGCUAUGUGCUGAGUAUCCUUGAGGACCUGGGAGAUGGAGCGAGUCCGGAGGAGGAUAUUGACGUGGAUCAGUUCAUAGAGGUCAUGGAUGCAUACAUUCCAGGCUUCGGAGAAAUAGACAGUGUUAAAGUCUGUGAAUGGAUGUUUGAGCUGGCUUCAGCUUUAAAAAAGGGUAUCUCUGGGUCAUCAGAGGAGCCCACAUCCCCCACUCUGAACUCAGACUUGAUCUUCGGGGCCUGCAAGGUAGAGCCUGACACUAGAGCACAAGCGAGGGUCCGCAACCAGAACUCUACAGGGGACAGUGAAAGGAGCUGCUCAGAGUCGUCACAAGAGGAGGUUGACAGCGUUCUAGACACACUGGUGGAGAUGUUUCCUGGCACGCUGCGACUCGAGCUGGAUCACUGUCUACAGGGGGCACAGGGGGAUGUGGAGGCUGCUGUACAGCUAGUGCUAAACAGACAGGAGGCGGGUCUUGCAAUCACACAAGAUAAACAGGCAAAAGCGAAAAAAUCUAGAGCCAUUACACCGUUAGAUGACAAAAAAGCAAAGGAAAAACUUAUGGAAAGGUAUGGCUUUAUAGACGUGGAUGAAGACAAAAGGCAACACAAACCAUCCGCUCCAAAGACAGAGUCCAAGAAGCUGGUCCGUUACCUUGACAGCCAGGUUGUGAACACCAAAGGUCAGAAGUUCACUGAGAUUAAAAAAGAUGACUCAGAGGAGAUGAAAAAGACUUACAUAAACCUUAAACCUGCCAAGAAAUACAGAUUUCACUAGUUUUUAUGGCAUUAUUGCUAUUUUUAUGAUAAUGACAUUUUGUGAUAUUCAGAUAGGGAUUCAGAAUGUUCAAAUGUGUAGUUUUUGUCCAUUAUUGUGUUGUAGAACAAUGAUAUUUGUGAAAAAAUAAUCUAAUGGUUAUUUUUUUUAUAUCUUAGGGUAGGGUAGAUAUUUGUGAAUAAGUUACUAUGAACAAAUAAUCUGAUUUUUACAUCUUAGGGUAUGGAUGAUUCUGUUGUUAUUUUUUUACAUUUAGAAAUUGUGACAAUUAAAGGUCGUCACUUUAACCUCGUCAUUAUUUAGAUGUAGAAAAAUCAACAUUGUCAUACCAUUUAUGAUGUAAGGGACAACAUCAAAACAGUGUUAGUGCAUUUUUCUGAUGCAAAUGGGAUUGCAACAAAGAUGCAAUCUUAACACAGCCUUUGAUGGAAACAACUUCCAAAUUACCAUUAGAAAUAAACCUACACUAUAAGCCACUGAAAUUGCAGAUACUAGGCAGUCAUAUACUAGACCCAAUCAUUAAGAAUUUCUCCUUUUGCUGUGUGUAAAGGUCCGCCUACUGCUACUGAUUCGAUAAACUCUCCCUUUGUUAGAAUUUGCAUUGUCAAUGUAUCAGCCAAUGAGGUUGUAUUCUAAGUCAGUAAUUUGACCUGAAGUAGUUUCUGAAUGAUUAAGAAUGGCUCAUUCACUACGCUCACUCUGACCAUUCAUAUUCAUUUAGAAUUUACUUCAUGUCAUCUAACUAUUACUUAGUCAUUAAUUUGUUUCCUUAGUUAGUUCAUAAAGCAGUCCAUGGAUUUUCCUCAAAUGGAAGUUUAUAAAAAAGUUAUAUUAAUUUGUGUAUUGUUUCAAUUGACAGCACAACGUAGAAACGAAAGAUAUCAUAUUAUAAAUUAUAUAAUAAUUUUGAAAUGCUCUGGUAUGCAGCCAUAUUCUUGUAGACCAAUUGAACAAAAUUACAGCCACAAUCUAUAAAUAGUUUGAUAAGCCUUUUGACUGACCUAAAAAAUACUCUCAACACGAACCAACUUAAUAUUGAUCUUAAGUUUCAGAUUAGAAUUUAAGUGUUUUGAUUGGCCGGUAUAUUUAGCUGACCAAUAGGCUUUAUAAUGGAAACACAGGCAUAUCCAAGGAUAAAGAUAAGAUCAAUUUUGAAUACUUCCUGUGGGCUUUUUUCUUUCUUUAAUUUUUCAUUACGUUAUUAAGGGGUUAGGGAAUAAAUGAACAAAACUAUCUACACCUACCUUCCCUUUAAAAUGUGGGUCGGUAGGCCAAAUAAAUAAUUUAUUCAUUAUGUUUAUAGCUCAAUGAAAUUCCUCCAAUUUUGUUUAAAAAUUAUGAAAAUAAAACCCACUUGUGUUCAAAAUCAUAUCAUUAAAAAAGUACUUGAAGUUAUCAUGUCCAUUGUAUGCAGAUGUAUGUCAUGUCUUGAAAGAAGUACUUUUAAGUUAAUCAUGUCCGUUGUAUACAGAUGUACAUCAUGUCAUUAAAAAAGAACUUGAAGUUAUCAUGUCCAUUGUAUACGGAUGUACAUCAUUAAAAAAGAGCUUAACAUUAUCAUGUCCAUGAUGUUUAUAGUUAAAAAUCAGGUCAAAGAAGUACAUAACGUUAUCAUGUCAGUUGUACGUACUGUAUAUGCUUACUGUUUGUACAUGUCUUUUUAGGCUUACAGUAUAUUUUACAUUUAUAUAAUCUUAUUUUUUUGUUUUAUUGAUUACCGUCGCUACAGUCUGAGUCACUGUUAAUGCCAAGUGAUUUUAGUGUUAGUAAUGUUUUAUAUAAUUUCUUAAUAAAUGAAAGCAAAAUGUUCA